AUGGAAUCACGGAAGUUUUGUAUCUUUGCUCUUUCUUAUAAACAAAAAAAACUCCAUCUUUAUAUACCUUGCUGGAUAUAUCCCUUUCUAACCUCGGUAUCACCAGUAUUAUCAAUGGCAGCAAAAUUUUCGCAUCCUUUGUACGAAAAACUCAAACUGAAAACAUUUGUGUUGGCAUCGACAUCUCCCAGGAGAAGAGAGAUUCUUCAAAAAUUGGGCAUCCAAGACUUCAAAAUCAUGGGCUCAAACUUUGAGGAGGAUUUAGACAAAUCAAAAUACUCUGUUGAUGACUAUGUUUUGCAAACAGCAACAUAUAAAGGGCUUUCAGUAUUGAGCCACUUUCUUCAAUCCAAAGACCUGAAUAAAGACUUCAUUAUUUUGGCAUCAGAUACCAUUGUGGAAUGCGAGGGGAUAAUAUAUGAGAAGCCUAGUUCCAAAAUCGACCAAUUCGAAAAAUUGAAACACAUUAAAGAUUGCAAAUUCCCAAUCUAUGUCAAAACGGCGGUUGUAAUAUUUUCCCGAAGAAACAGCAAUGAUCUGUGUGAAAAUAAUUGGAAAAAGUAUGGUAAUAUUACUGAUGUGAAUAUUUUGAAGGAUUUAAAGAUCGAUUCCCAUUUGGAGUCAACUAAGCUUACAAUGGACUAUGAGAAUUUGGAUGAUUCAUUUUUACAACUAUAUGUUGAUUCAAAUGAAGGCGCUGGGGCUGCGGGAGGCUUCCAAAUACAAGGAAUGGGGGGAUUACUCUUUAGCAAGAUUGAAGGCGAUUAUAACAAUGUCGUAGGCCUACCAUUUACCAGCACCUGGAGGUUGAUCGAGAAAUGUUUGCAAUAA